UGAGCAUGAUCCUCUAUCGUCCUGGUGCUCCCCCGUCUCGUGCGCGCCGCUCGCCGUCCUCGUGUUUGGCCUCGCCCGCGUGGGCGCCGGCGGCGGGGAGGGGGCUGGCGGCGCCCGGGGCGCGCCCCGGGAGCUGGCGGGAGAGGAGCUCGCUGAGCGGCUGCGGCGCACCGGCUGCGCCUCGGCGGCGGAGAUGCGGGGACCCGACCUGUUGGGGCCAGGGCUUCACCUACGAGCACUGCUGCCGCAACCCCCAGGACUUCGAGGGGCAGGGCUGCGCCAGCGGAAGUUCAGCUACGAGCAGUGCUGCGCGGCCCGGUUUCGCCCCACAGAGCGCUGCCGCCGCGCCCUUCGCCCAGAGGACCGCCUCUGGCACUGCCGCGUGCCGCCGCACGAGGAGAUCGAGAGGUGCCUGCGGCCGCCGGGGUCUCUGGCAAAGGACGCCGGCGCGCAGGGGAAGAUUCUGCUUCUCAAGGGCAGGGACCUCAAGUACGAGGACUACCUCGGCGUUCACUCCAGAAGGCACGCGCCGAGAUAGAUGAGUCUUUCGUCACCGAUGGCACCCUGGAGGUCGCGGGCUUGUACCUCGGGCGCCACUUCGCGGUCGGGGAGCCCAUCCGCCAGGUGCCAGCAUCUUCCAGCCGGUGCCCAUCCUCACCGGGCACUGGUGGCUCAGCCCCACGCGCGUCCGCGCCCUCGUUUCCGAUGCGUCGUGCCACGCCGGCAAGUCGCGCGUAAAGUCACCAUGUCUCUUCGUGUAUGUAAGACCCGUUUCUGUUCGUAGCCCAGGUGGUCCUAGGCCUUCGGGCUGUGGGUAGAAGUCCGAUGCGGGAAUUUAUACAUAAACACCGCCUGGAUGAUCGAUUUCCGGAGACCUCGACAGGCGGCGGAUCCGGAUGUAUUCGGGCCCCCCGUGGCUCGAAUAUAUCCACAUCCUCCGCCCGCUGGUGUUCCAGGACGCCGGUCUCCAAGGUGGUGGAACAGGACAAAAGUCCCGCCUCGCAGGAGUCGGCCAGUGGGGCUGAGGCUCUUUGCUCGGCGGCGAGCCGGGCGGGGAAGGGAGAAGGGGUGGGCCUUCUCAGAAGGCUCAGAAGUCCCCUGGCCUUUUGAGACGUCUCCCGAACCUUCCC